UGACCUUGUCGGAAGUUUGUUAUGGUGCUGGUUGGGUAGCCGGAAUAAGAUUGUCGGGUGCUGAGAUGAUAGACAACAUGUGUGAGAACUGGAGUAUGGUGGCGGAAAUCGUCCUCUUUCUCGAAGGUUAUAGUGAGGAGACGGAACAGAUUCACUGCUUCUGCAGCAGAGCCUACGUCCAUGAUCGGAAACUUUACAGGAUGGGAUUAAUGGGGACAUGUUAUGACUAUGAAGAUAAUGGAGAUAUCCAAGAGGAAGACAAAAAGAGUGAAGAAGACUUGAACAUUAAUGAGCCCACUCUUAAUACUGUAGACCCUCAGGGGGAAAACAGAGUGGAUAGUGAGGCAGAACUGAUGGCAAAUAUGGGAUUACCUCUCCAGUUUGGAAGUUCUUCUAGCAAUAGACAAUUAGUGCCAAUUGCAGUUUCAAAGAAAAAGAUCAGAAAGAAAAAACUAAAUUAUCAGCACGCUGAGGAUCUGACUGAAGUUUGUAAAGAGUAUCCAAAAGAAUUUUUAAAUGGCGUUUCUGAUGUAACUGGCUUAGAGUUGACUGAUAGCAAAACAGAUUUUGAAAUGGAAAAUACUGGUGUUGAUCAUUCAAGUGAUGGAGCAGUGGUUCCUGAGCUCGCGUCCAAGCCAGACUGGGACAAAUAUUGGAAUCAGUAUGGUGAGGGUAUUCUUUGGGAAAAUUGGUUGAACAAACACCCUGAGUGGUCAGAAGACUCACUUGCACCUUGGGAUUCCCUUGAUACUAAGGAGCAAUGGCAACAGUUUUAUGCUGAUCAAUAUUGGCUGUAUUAUGAGCAGUUUCAGUACUGGAUAGAUCAAGGAUGGUCUGUGGAUUGGACUAAAGAAAGUGAUCUUGGGAAAGAUCUAUUUUGCACAAAUGCAGAUGAAACAGAAGACUCUUUCAUUAAUACUGCAAAUAAUUCUCAUGAACAUGUCAAGACUCUAAUGCCAGUAGAAUCUACCAAUGCAUCAAAUGGUAAUGAAGUUAGUUAUGGAAAAAUUGUCAGUUUGAUCAAUGAUAUAAGACUCCAUCCAGAAAGUGAGACCAAGCAAUCAACUGGCGUGAAUAGCAAUAUCUGCUGGAGUUUUGCUGAUGCUGCAGUUUCAUGUGUGUGUGCUGCUGAUGAGAAAGAACCGUGUAAUGGAGACAACAGCAAAAGAUCUGCAUCUGAUGGAACUAUCUCCACAGUUCAUUCAGAUUCUCAUAAAAUUUCCAACAAAGCUUUAAAAACUGAUAUGACAGCAGGAAAGAGCCACACCAGUGAAGAUGACGGUGAUCCAACUGAACAUAGACGAGUAAAGAUGAAGAGAAGUCAUGAACUUGAUGCUGAAGAGAAUCCAGUUGUGGCAUUAGAAGAUGCAUACUUAGCUCUUGGCUUCAAGUACCAUGCCAGUAAAAACAUUUCAAAAUUAGGGCACGCGCAGUAUCGUAAAUUCACUGAGCUGACGUCCAGACACGUUGACUUGCAUCAGCCACCAGCUACCAAAAAUAAACACAUAUUCUUCAGUGAAGAAGGAGAUGUUGUGAAAUUUAAGAAGAGCAGAACAUUAGAAAAGGUACAAAGAUUUUUAAAACAAAUUGUGCCUUCAAACGAUUCUCUUUCAACUGACACACAAACUCCGCCUUGUGUGGUACACAGCUCUGAGGAAUGUAGCAACUCUGAGCAGCACCACAGACCUGAAGCAGAGAGCUCCACUGUAUGUGAAAAGAGCAAUAGGGGAGAUGGAGAUGAUGGCACUUGUGUUGAUGGGAAAUUCAUAACUUGUGUCAGUGAUCCCUCCAAAUUGAAUGAAUGCAUUAAAGGCAACAAUGAAGAGCUUCCUGAAAAGUAUGAUAUGACCCCUCCUUCUGCCAAAAACUUUGAACCAUUUUCUGACAGACAGCUGGUUCCUCUGGAUAUACCAGAUUUUCUUCUUCAUGAUACUGAUGUAACUGAGAGGGAUGAUGAACUGCAAACCACAAAGAAUGUUAGAAAGGACAAAAAAAGAAGGAAGAAGAAAAAGAAAGUUAUUGAUAUUCCCUCUGACAUCGUAGCAGUUCCAGAAUUGACCAAAUACUGGGUCCAGCGUUACAGACUGUUUUCGCGCUUUGAUGAGGGAGUCAAACUUGAUCAGGAAGGCUGGUUUUCGGUCACUCCUGAGAAGAUUGCUGAGCACAUUGCCAAUCGUGUCAUGCAGAGUUCUCAAUGUGAUAUCAUUGUUGAUGCAUUUUGUGGAGUUGGAGGCAAUUCAAUUCAGUUUGCGUUAACUGGAAAGAGAGUGAUUGCUGUUGAUAUUGAUCCUGUGAAAAUAGACUUUGCACAAAACAAUGCUAGAGUCUAUGGAGUGUCUGAACAGAUUGAAUUUAUCCUCGGUGACUUCAUGCUACUGGCUUCUGACCUAAAGGCCGAUGCUGUUUUCCUCAGUCCUCCAUGGGGAGGCCCUGAUUAUGUCAAUGCAGAAAUCUUUGACCUGAAGACUAUGAUGUCUCUUGAUGGAUAUCCUUCAAAGCCUAUAUUCAGAGUUUUAAAAUAUAUCUUUAUAGUAGAGAAAUUAGGUGGCAUCCUUAGCUGGAGCAGGUGGACAAGUAGAAAUUGAACAGAAUUUUCUCAACAACAAACUGAAGACAAUCACUGCUUAUUUUGGUGACUUAAUCCAGAAUGCGUAGGACAAUUUAAAUAUCAGCAUUUGUUUAAUUUGUUUGAUUCAAAUAAAGCUUAAUUGGUAUGUACUGCUCAUUCCAGUGAUUUACAUAGUUUUUUAUAAUAAAA